UUGCCUAUAGAACUGACAGGGAUGAAGAGGAUGACUCGGGAAUUGCCGUCAGAGAUAAGUGAGCUGUGAUAAUUCUGGCACUCAGAGAGCAGACUGAGCUCAGCAGGAUCAGGUUACCAUCUCCCCUCAGAGCUGGAUGAUGGAUGACCAGCAGGGAGCCGAGCUCUGCUACCCUCAGCUCCUUAACUCGUCUUGCAGGGGUAUAAUGCGCCCUCGCACUGAGGCCAUCCUCUUCUAUGCUUUGCUCUCUUCCAUCGCUGUCCUCACUGUUGUUCUCAACCUGCUUGUCAUAAUCUCCAUCUCUCACUUCAGACAGCUUCACACCCCCACCAACCUGCUCCUGCUCUCCCUGGCCAUCUCGGACCUCCUUGUCGGGCUGCUGGUGAUGCCGGUGGAAACGGUGCGGUUCAUAGAAACCUGCUGGCUGCUGGGAGAUCUCAUGUGUGCUAUGUCUGACAUUAUAGCCUUCACUCUUACCUCGGCCUCUGUGGGGAACAUGGUGCUCAUAUCGAUCGAUCGCUAUGUAGCUAUUUGUCAUCCUCUGCAGUACUCCAACCAAAUCACUCGCAGCACAGUGGAGCUGUGUGUGUGUCUGUGUUGGGCCUGCUCAAUCCUUUACACCGUGCUGAUCUUAAAGGAACAUCUGAGGCAGCCCGACAGAUAUAACUCUUGCUUUGGGGAGUGUGUGGUGGUGAUUAACUAUGUGUCAGGAACAGUGGACCUCGUGUUCACCUUUAUCGGCCCCUGUGUGGUCAUCCUUGUUCUGUACAUGAGAGUGUUUAUCGUGGCAGUGUCUCAGGCUCGUGCCAUGCAGACUCAUAUUAUAGGGGCUGCAGUCGGCAAGGUUCGAAUCAUCGCAAUGAAAUCAGAGAGAAAGGCGGCCAGGACUCUGGGCAUAGUCAUACUGGUGUUUUUGAUAACUUUCUGUCCAUAUUACUACCCCUCUCUUGCAGGACAAGACAUAUCAAACAGUGCAUCGUCGUGGGCCAUCAUGUCUUGGCUGCUGUACUUUAACUCUUGUUUGAACCCUCUCAUAUAUGCUUUGUUCUAUCCGUGGUUUAGAAAAGCGAUCAAGAUCAUUGUCACACUGAAGAUCCUGGAGCAGUACUCGUCUCUGACUAACAUACUUUAAAGAUAUGAUAUUUAUCACCUGUUUAGCCUGAGUGUUAACAAUUAUCAAACAUCUAUCAGGUAUGCAAAGUGAUCAGUGUACAUGCCGAAUGUUUUAUGUCAUAUGUUUGAUGUCACUGAAACAAAGAGAAAGACGUCUAGCACACUGCAGGCUCUAGAAAUGUAUUCCACCAGGGUGAUGAAGAGCAGGUGUUGCUCAGACUGUCACCCCGGUGAAAUAUGUUUCAGGGAUAUUGGAGCCCUGAGGUGUGCGAGCCGUCUUUCUCUUUCACUUUUUUUUGCUUGACUCUGCACCUGUCCUUUAGGUUUGGAUGUGUGAUUUCUGGAUUGUUGUACAUAUGUUUGAUAUCACACUGUGCAUUUGUGCCUUUCCUUAUUUCUCCUUUGCUCUACUCCCUCUAAGCAGCGUGAUGUUUGAAAGAUUAGGGACUCAGUUUGAAGUCGAGAGCUGCAACGUUUAGUAAAACAAAAGGGAAUUCUUGUUAUUCAACUUAUUAAAAGUCAUUUGUUAAGCAAUAAUGUGAAUGUAAAAGUUGUUUCCCCCGUUCUAAAUGUGAUAAUGUUCCA